UUUUCUUGUCGACGGACUUACUUGAGAGGACCACAAACACAAACCUCUUCCCCCACGUGAGUUUGGUAAACGUGUGGCGUGAAAUCACGUCGUCCUCCUUCUUAUUCAGUAUUACUUAAAUAACACAUUCUAGCCAUAUGGUUAUUGCAAGUGAAACCAUGGAACUAAUAGACGAGGACGAGAUGCUCGGCGAGGAAUCAGAAGACGAAUACAGCGAAUUAUCCGACAGUGAGCUCCAAGAAGCUUUUGCAAAAGGCUUGUUGAAACCUGGAAUGAACUUGGUGGUGGACAAAUCCAAAAAGUACGCCAAUAAUGCGGAGGGUUUGAAACAGUGCUUGGGAGACUUGAAGAGAGACCUUCCCUGGGUAGAGAGAUUGGACCGUACCAACCCACCAGUUGAUGAUAUCUUUGCCAAGACUGGAGGUAAAAUACCAAAUGCCAACAAUGGAGACGUCGAUGCAGAGGAUGAUUUCCAGAGGGAAAUGUUCUUCUACCGUCAAGCUCAAGCAACAGUUCUUGCUUCCUUGCCCCUCCUGAAGAAACACAACAUUUCCACCAAGAGGCCCAAUGACUACUUUGCUGAGAUGGCCAAGUCUGAUCAGCAAAUGCAGAAGAUCAGGAAAAAGCUGCUUGCAAAGCAGGCAGUGCUGGAGAAGUCGGAGAAGGCCAAGAAGAUCCGCGAACAAAGGAAGUUUGGCAAAAAGGUCCAAGUACAAGUGAUCCAAAAGAGACAGAAGGAGAAAAAGGCAAUGAUGUCCGCUGUUAAGAAAUACCAGAAAGGAAUGAUUGACAAGUUGGAUUUCUUGGAAGGAGACAAGACAGCAACGAAAGACACUCCUAAGAGUUCCAACAAAGCAAUGAACCAGAAAGGAGCCAAUGCCAAGAGGAAAUAUAAGGAGCAGAAGUUUGGCUUUGGAGGCAAGAAGAGCGGAAAGAAGUGGAACACCAAAGAAAGUUUCAAUGAUGUUUCCAGUUUCCGUGGCAAGGUGGCUCAUGGAAAGGGGGCAAAAGGAGGGAAGAAAGGAAAGGGAGGGAAACAAAAUAAACGUCCAGGCAAGUCUGUACGCAAGAAGAUGAAGUCUCGCUCAUGAAAACAAGACUGAGGUUUUUCAAAAGGACUUGAACUUUGCUUUUAGGGUGAAUUUCCCAACAGCUGGUCUUGAAGACACACAAGAAAGUUGACUUUGGGAAGUUUUGCUGAAUCAUUCUUCUGUAAGGUGUGUGUAAAGGUUCAAGAGGUACAUACAAGUAAGGAAGACAUUCUGCUGUGUAACUGGCCAUGUACAUUCAACGACAAAUAUUUUCUCAACGCUGUUAAAAAUAAAAUCUCCAUCCCCUUAAGUGUAGUUGUAACAAAAUCUCUGUCCACAUAAAUACACAUUUACUAACUGGCAUGUGUAUUUUGACCAAUCAGAAGCCUUGGUGACACAUCAAUAUAUAUAUGUACAUUAGCUUUAAAAUCAGCACACACUUGUAUAUAGCCCAGGAAAACUCAUGAAUGUUCCUUAUAACAUGCUGCACACAAUGGCACCAAUAAGUCUAUAGCUUCAUGUUAUUUUGUUAAAUAAGGUUUCAAAACAUUUUAUGUGAAAACCAAAAAGCUCAGUUUUACCUGUCCACACUAGUUUUUUUAACAUCUGCCCAAUUUAACCUGUGGAAAAAUAUUCAUAUUCAUGUAGACAUGGCCUAAGGAGGCUGUUGCUGGAAUGUGGAACAUACUUUCAUGAUUUGUGCAACUUUUGCAAUAAUUAUGAAAUGGCAAACUUUAUCUUUAUUAAAUAUCAUAUAUGGAUAUUUUCCCUAUUGUGCUAAACUGAGAGGUAAACACCACAAUCUCCCUGCCCUUCCAUUAACUUUGUUUUUGCCUUCUCAGCGUGUUGAUUGUCUCCCAUGUGACCUGACAUUUUUAAUAAUACUGAGCAAGUGUCACUUUUGCUCUUUGCCUUUCAUUAGUAUGUGACAAUAAUUGCUUUAUAUAAAGACCAUCCCAAUA